AUGCCCGAUAAAAUUCUUCUGCCCCAGCAAGUGCAGAAUCUUAUUGCUCAGGGCAAAGCUAUCGUGAUCUACAAAGACUACGUGCUCAAUCUUACACCCUGGCUUCCCUACCAUCCUGGAGGAGACAAAGCUGUAUACCACAUGGUGGGGAGAGACGCUACCGACGAGAUGUUGGCAUACCACGGGCCUGAAGCGAUAGAAGUAUUCCAUAAAUGGAAAGUGGGAAGAAUAAAUUAUCCUUGGAAAAACUUGUUGCCGCCAAUUCAGGGCGCAGUGUAUAGUGAGGGCACCAAGGUGGUUCACGGGAAAGACGGGAAGCUCGGAGAAUUAUUGGACGAUUCCGGUAGAGAUUCUUCUUCGAGUGUAGAAAUUUCCAGUGCCAGCUCAUCCGAACUGGAUGUGGAAGAAGCAACCUUGUCUGAAAACUAUCACAAAAGCGGCUACCCUCCACAGAAAGUGACUCCCGUUGUACCUCAGAACGUGGGCGUCGUGUCCUUCAAAAAUGUGGAUGAAAUAUUUCCUGUGGACCGGAAACUGAUUAUAGUUGACCCCAAGGAAGCGCUCACCAACUACGACAAUGAGCUUUCUCGUCGUGACAUGAUUUCAUUACCCUCGCUAGAUUACGAAACCCAGACCGACUUGAGGAAUAAGUACAACCAGCUUCAUGCCAAAGUGAUCAAAGCUGGGCUUUACCAGUGCGAUUACUGGAAUUACGUUCGUGAAGUCGUGAAGCUUGGGUCGCUUGCAUUAUAUUCCUUCUCUUUCCUUCAUUUGGGCUAUUACACUAUCAGUGCCGUGCUAAUUGCCAUGGCUUGGCAUCAGGGAACGUUCAUUGCUCACGAUGCUGGCCACGUAUCCAUCACGCAUAACUAUCAGUUCGACAACGUUUUCGGUAUGUUCAUUGCUGCAUGGUGUGGUGGCCUAAGUCUCGGCUGGUGGAAACGGAACCAUAACGUGCAUCAUCUCAUCACCAACGACCCAGUUCACGACCCAGAUAUUCAGCAUUUGCCAUUUUUUGCGGUGAGUGUGAGACUAUUUAACAAUGUGUACUCCACUUACUACGACAAGUUCCUUUGGUUUGAUGCUGUUGCCCGCAAGAUGAUCCCAUUACAGGAAUACCUAUACUACCCUAUAUUAGCGUUCGGACGUUUCAACCUCUAUAGAUUGCUGUGGACCCAUGUGUUGAUGGGUGAGGGUCCCCGUCACGGUUCUGCUGCCUGGUUUAGGUGGUUUGAAUUGGCCGGGCUCUCAUUCUUUUUCUACUGGUUCUUCUACAUAGUCGUCGGCCAAUGCGUGGAGGGCGGAUGGAACAAGCUUUGGUACGUUAUGGCGUCUCACAUUUGCACUAUGCUUGUUCACGUACAGAUCACCUUGUCUCACUUUGCCAUGUCCACUGCAGACUUAGGGGUUAGCGAAUCAUUUGCUUCUAGACAAUUGAGAACCACCAUGGAUGUCGACUGCCCUCAAUGGCUCGACUUUUUACAUGGAGGUCUUCAGUUCCAGGCAAUUCACCAUUUGUUCCCACGAAUGCCCAGGCACAACUUGAGGGCCGCCCAACCGUACGUGCUUGACUUCUGCAAGGAAGUUGGGUUGCCGUAUUCAAUCUAUGGGUUUGGAAAGGGUAAUCAGAUCAUCAUAAGCAAGCUAGGCGAAAUUGGCAAACAAUGCUCAAUAAUGUUGGAUUGCACGAGGAAGUUGCUGGAGGAGAAAACCCCAGUGACUGAAAUGAUAUAA